ACAUAUAAAAUACAUGAGAACAUUGAAAUUGUGCACUAAACCUAUGAAGCAAGCAAUUGCGCUGAAUCUAUAAGUAAUUUGCGACAUUAUCUGAUUGUAGAGUUCAAUGCAGUUAUUUUAUUAGUUCAUAUAGUUACUUUAUAGGUUUGGUGCAGUUCUUAUAAUAAGAAGCUUUUUAUUUGAAUCCCUCUAUAUAUAUAGCUAUAAAUUGUAGCACCCUUUUCUUGAUUUCUGAGGUUGAUAUGUUGAUUAUUGCAAUUGUAAUAAGUAAUGCAACUAGAGUAAUAUUUAGACUUUUUGCAAGAAUAGUCAGCCUACCUUCUCACCUAAUACUCUAAAAUCAUAGCAGCAACUACUGAUCACCAACCAGUAAAAAUUUAAAUAAAAGAUCUGUCACAUUAUCAGAAGCAUAAUAAUCAUUUCUAUAGGCUGAGGUUUCACAUCAAGUCAACAAUUUAAAUUCCCUCAAUAGUCAUUGCACUUGGCUUCUUCGAACACAACGCAUGCAUACUUUGCAUAAGACUCUAAAUCAGCAUAUGCAAAGUUUGGGCAAACUUAAUAGUGUUUUUUUUUUAUUGCAGCGUUGACUGUGUUGUUAAACUAGUGAUUCAUGAUUGCCAAAUUGUGUAAUAAAUAGAAAUAUGUUAGAUAAGAAUGACUUGUUUAAGAAAGAGCAGGUAAACAUAGGAAGCAAAAUGGAAGAAGGCAUAUUGUUGCAGAUAUAGAGUUGUGGAUCAAUGUCUGGUGUUACAGUCUCUCCAGUUGCUGCAGCCUACUCACCGGCACAGCCUCCGUUGCCGACGCCGUCUCCAUUCUCAUUCUCGGUGGCUUCGACCAGGUGGAGCUCCAGACCUCCGGUGCAGACCGCGAGCAUCCUCCUCAGGUUUCUCUCUCUCAUUUUCUCCUUUGGCUCUGCUUUCGCUCUGGUUGCGCUGCCAUCGACAAAUACAAAGCUCAAGAAACACCCUGAACUACUGUACUGCUUCAAUGCAAACAUUUUGACAGCGAUAUAUUCUGCCUAUCAGAUCUUCAAAAAUAUAUGUGAUUAUGCUCAAACAUGCAUUUUCAUCUCAGACACGGCAUCUGACUAUAUCAGCUUCAUUUUUGAUCAGCAGGUGGCAGGAUAUGUGCUUAUUUCAGCAUCUUCUGUUGCUGUACCAUUAAUCCAACAAAUGGAAGUUGGAACUUCACUGCGCAAUGCUUCUGUAGUCUCUGUCUGCUUCUCUUUCGCUUCUUUCCUAGUUACUGCACUUGCUGCCUUCCUCUCCGGCUACAAGCUUUGUAAGAGAAUUAUGUGGUGAAUCUCAAAUAUAUAUUUUUUUAAUUUGUUUUACAUUUUCGUGAAUUCAACUCUAAUAAUGUACUUUGAUGGAUUGAAUCA